GGAAGUUAUUUUUCUAUUAGUGUUGUACCUGGUAGUGCUGCGAUGCUGGGAGUGUUGAUUGCAGGACUAAUAUCCGGAGUCCAUCUAAACCCCUCAGUAAUACUUACGUUCGUCGUCUUCCGCAGAUUCUCGCCAAAGGAAGCUGCACUGUAUUUUAUCGGACAGGUCCGUCGAUCCAUCAUCUAUGGAAACUAUCGUUGCCCCAUCGAUCAAGUCGAAGGGUUCAAUUUUCGAACCUAUAAAACAGCCAUCACAUUUAGCAUAUACCCACAGCUCUUUUGAUAAAGUCUGGCAAAUUCUUUUCGGAAUUCUUAGCUACAGCUGUACUGAUCAUUAGUAUCUUUGCUAUUGCUAACCCUCGAAGUCCCAAAACUGUUCACGAUAUGGCUCUUUGGCUGUUCCUCCUCAUCUUAAACAUCGUUGCUGCUCUUGGAUGGGAGACGGGCUACGCAAUGAACAUGGCACAGGAUCUUGCGCCUCGUUGUCUUGCCUACUUUACUAGAUAUGGGAACGAGGUAUGGUCGUAUGGAUACUACUACUCUUAGGUGCUAGUGGUGGCCCUUCUUUGCGGUGCAUUAACUGGUGGCUUCAUCUACGACCUACUUAUGUUUAAUAGCCCGUCUCCGGUAAAUAAGCCUUGGAUGGGAAUGUGGCCGAUGCCACGGUCGUCCAAA